GUUGCUGUCAUGUGCUAUAGUACGCUGAAGGAGACUACCAGAAACAUUUCAACAUUCGUUGUUUGGAACGGAACGCAGAGAUGAAAAAGCUGCCUUAACAUGGCUCAUUAUCAAACGUUAGUCAGUUUGCUUGUUGUGGUUAUCAUGUACCCGCUAAUGGAUGAAUGUAGAACUCCUGCAGACGACCAUUCUGAGGGUCGACGCCAUUCGUCGUUGCGGGGAAUUAAUAUACCGUGUCUGCGCCCUUGUCUUUGGGAUACCCGACAUCAGCAGAAGCGAAAGGUAUGUAUGCAGUAAUUAUGUAAUUUUGAGAGCGAAUUUAAGCUGAGCAACAUAAGAAAGGCCAUUGCUAUGCGAUACACAGAAUUGGUGAAGCAACACCCAAGCAUCCGCUUCUGCGGGGAUCGACGGACGACAUCCUGUUCAUAUGGGUGAACAUUGUUUAGUAUUGUCGUGAAUAUAUUAAUAUGCGAAUAUCCCCCUUACGCUUAUUGACAGUUUUCAUUACCUUUUUCAUCUCACUUUGCCAAUGAAACCACUGCAUUGAGCAAACUUGUAGAAGUGUGACGCUGCUAUAGCAGCCAUUGGUUAAUGCGCACAUUUGAGAAUUGCCACAGAGUUGUCGGGGAGUAUUCUGUCACUUCUGUUGUUAGGUACUGCUGAUUACUCCAUAGUUAACCAAUUUCAUUUAGAGUGUUUGAUAAUGUGUGAAAAUAAAAGAAUUUGCUUUUAAUUUCAGUUAUUUUAUUUCACGAGUUCCAUGCCAGAUGUGUUUUGUCAUCAUGGGUCAUGUUUUCCGUUAGGGGAUUAGAUUUUUUCCUUCUAAUUUAUUCUGUUUACAGUUGAUGUCUUUUGAUACGCAUGUGUUGCCAUACAUCAAGAGUAGUAUUAUUUAGAAAUUUUGCGGCGCUUUGGUAAUGAUCGAAAAUUCUUUUAAAUUUAAGUUUUCUAAGAAAUAUUUUUAUUUUGGUAUGUGACCUUUCGUGAUUACGUGCUGGUUAAAUUGUAGGAUGAUCGUGCCGUCGCCAGCGUUCAACAUGCAUUGAAGCCAAGUGGCGAAGACGGAUAUGAAGCCAGUAUUUCAAUUAAACACGUGUCGAGAUUGUCUUGCUACAAAAUUGUGGCGUGGGGUUUUGAUUAUUGCAGGUCGCCGAGACAUAAUAUUGAAAUGUUCACGCGAAUAUAUCAGAAGAAUAGGACCCGUGAUAGCGAAAAUUGCGAAAUAUUCUGUAAACUUUGAAAAGCAAGAAAAAAAAAAAAAAAAAGAAAAUGAAAUGGAAAAUAUAUUUACAUGAUAGUUACAUCUAGAAUGUGGCAGUGUGCUAAGGCGUUGCUUCAGCUAUCCAAAUUUUCAUUAUCAGUGGCAGAUCUAGAGGACUAUAGGGUAGCGAUAUUUUGUUUUGUUUAGAAAGCAUCCCUUCCCCCCAACCCCUUCCUUUCCCGGAAGUGUCUUAAAAUAUUGAUAAGGUGUUACGAGGCGGUGUGCGUGACGACCCACAAAGGUUCAUGGGUAAAACUAUUACUGUGCCUCAUUUCAAUCGUGACACGGUCGAGUUCGCAUCUCGUAAGAGAAAUAAAUCAUACCCAGGGAUCAAAACACUGCUGCCUUUUCCGAAAAACAUUACGGAAGAGAGCGAUUUCGAGAAUUUUCAAGAUCUCAUAGUGGCCUUAGACAAUUCACAAGGCAAUUUCAAGAAGUUUAUCGCGAUUCGGAGACGAACGUGCGAUCUAUUCGACUUUGAGCGGCGACUAAUUUCUCAUAAGAUUUUAUGUACUGUUUGGUUUAUAUGCAUGUUUUUAUCUCAUAGUGAAAGAGAUCUGUAGUUCAUACCUGGAUUUGCUUAACUACAAAAAAAUUCGUCCAUUAGAAGUGUUUAUAUAUUUGAUAGACUUUGUUACCGGCAAAGCAGGGGGAGCGCGUGCAAACAGCAAGGUGAGAAAUCGUCUCAAUUUUAUUUUCAUCGACAAGUUUAUAUUAUUUUGAAAACAGUGCCCGUUUGAAAUCCUUAUGGGCAAAUAAAUCUUCUAUCAGGCAAGGGGAAAACAGACCGAAAGAGCCGAACAGCUGCAGCACAAUCGGAAUUUCACCGAAGCUACAGUCGCAGAAAUAAACAGUGAAAUAAACCACGAUCUUAUCUAUGCGGUCAUUGAAGUGAGCGCAGUAUAUCGAUUUUGUUAUAAAGUAAAACCUAACCUCACAGUUUUAAAAUCCUGGAUUUGGCGUUACUCGCUUCACGUCGGCAUCCGCUUCGGCAUGUUUUCUCAGCCCGUUUCUCGGGAGUUGUGCCACUUGGCUAAGGCGAUGUCUUAAUUCCAAGACACUUUCAACGGCUCAUAACGGGAAAACUAACAGGGGUAGACCCGGGUAGACCCCGAAAUUUGCAAAGAAGAAAGGUUGAAGUAACAAGAUGGCCAAAAUAAUUCGAUAAAACCGCUAACAGUAACCAGCAAUAAAUCCAAGAAGAACGGCAAAAACAACACUCAAAUCAUCAUGGCGGCCUGCACAUGACCGAGUAAUUCAAACUUGUCACAAACGCUCAAGAAAGCCAAAUAUUUAAAAGUAACGCAACUGCUAUCAAGAUAAAGUGUUCCAACAACUUUCCACGGAGGUAUAGUGUCGAAAUUACCAACACAAGCUUGGAAUAAAGCAAAAAUUUCACCACAUAUACCUCUGAAAACGGCUCUUUCCGAGAGCGAAAAUCACUCUACAAAUGACGCAUUCUGAUUGGUCGAAUCUCGUGACGCACACCGCCUGAGGUGUUACUGAAGGAAGCUGAAGCUCAUUAGCUCAUUAGUAUGGAGAAAAGGUUGAGACCUCAGACUGCCCUGCCAGUUCAGAGCGGCAAAUUGGGCGCCGGAAAUCUAGUUUAGUCCUUUCCGCGCGCUUUCCCGUCAUCAAACGACGUCCGUGUUCUGUUGCUAAAUCAGCCUAGUGAGUGGGCUCCUCCGCUUCUGGCUCCAUCGAUUAGCAUAUGUCGUAAUGGUGGACGGCCACGUUUUCCAGCCGCCCAACCAUCGAGGCUAAAAUUGCUGAUUAUGGCUGAAAAUCUUUUAAAGCAGGAGCGUGCUCCUUUAAAUGCAAAAUUGGAAGAACUAGUAUUUUGAAGGAUUAGGAAGUGAAUUGUACCCGAGGAUUGUAACAGAAGGCGUGCGAUCUGUAACUUGGAAAUCUUCUCUAGUCUUUAGAGAGUUUCAGAGCGGAGUGCAGAGUGAACACGGCUAAUAUCAUUUUUCUAAAUUAAAAUAAUAGGAAAGUGAAAAUAAUAAUAGUGAUAAAAAAUAGCCUGCGUGCAGACGUCUCCUAUUUCCUUUUUGUUGCAUGCGGAAAAGAGACUAAUCUGCGUUUUUAUUCCGGGUUUUUAUGGGUGCUUUAUGAGUGUUUCACAGCGUUUGUUGAACGCUCCGAACACGCUACCAAGGUUUAUGUGUGAAAAGAAUGGAUUAUGUAUAGUUGAGGUUUAAACAAUCUUGUUAUUUUAUUGUCUGAUCAGAUGAAGAGUGCCUUUGUUUUCUAAACAGACAAAUUCCUUUUAUGAAUGUAUCAAGCAAUGUGAGGAAAGCAAGGCUCCUAGAGGUACGGAAGACCUUUUUUUCUAUAAUCAGUUUAUCAUUUUUCCUCAUAAAUGCUGAUAGCUAAGACCUUUUAUAACAUAAUGAUCCUUUAACAGCUGAAAUUAGGUUGCAUCAUUGAGCACAGAACUGGGAGUUCCCUCGGCCUUCGAUUGAACUGAAAAGCCAAACAUUUUUUAAACUUUAAUUGUGGAUUGUAACGAGGGUCUAAAACAACCUCUCUCCAGGGGUGUACUGUGGAGAUGUACCCGGUUAGUACAGGAAAUUGACGAUCUUAUAACCCUAUAUGUAAACGUAUACUAAAAGCCCAAUUGUCUAAUUUAUUUCUUAUUCAUUGUAGUUUCGCUUGAAGGAGAAAACCCGCGUGUGUCAGUGAGAUUAAGAAGAAAACGUCGUGCAGAAGCCGGGACCGUACAAAGUAAGUAAAGCCGGAAACGUUUUGGACUGCAAAACAGUCCGGUUUUUUUGCGUAUUCAAGUACACGCGAGCAGUCAAACAAGCGUGUGAGGCUUGCGCGCUUCGUCAGUGUAUGUCGACUAUAACAUACAUUUCAGAGAUGAAGGGCACGGAACAUGAUUCCAAAUUCUACAAUUUAAUAAGAAAUGUAUUAUUCUUACUUCUACCUUUAGUGUCAUUUUCUACGUGAUGCACAUAUGUACGUCUUUUUCAAAAUAGCAGCUUCAGCAUUACCUUGAUGCUUGUCCAGAUCAUGAGCCAGGAUAUGUCCUAGGGCUAGUCUCCUUGGGUUGCCACCAGGCUUCCCAGGAGCGUUGCGUGACGACACUAAAAUCGGCUGCGUAGGAGACUAGGCUUAGGUAGACUUGCACAGUUUAUAUUUUUGGAACCAGUGUUAAACUCUAGAUUUCGCUACUAUCGUUACCUCAAGGGCCAGUGAUAAGUCUAUACAUCAUAAUUGUUGGCAAGUAAAAUUACUCAAGGCUGGUAAAUUGUUAAUGUACAGCAUGAGCGUGAAAGUAUACUGUUUUUAGCCAUAUAGAUGUAGAUUAGGGCCUGGAAGGGUAUUCUCCGGAUCCGGCCGGUACUUGACCAAAAUACAGUGCGGGGUUCGGGAAAACGCAAAAUUUGUUGACGUGAUACGGAACUUAACCCUUAAUGGGAGAGCAGGAUUCGCUUAAGGUGGCUGAAAACAGUUUUGCGGGCGGCCAGCGGUAACUCUCGUUGACGGCGCGUGUUUCAAAUUAGGCAAACAAACAUGGCGGAGUACAAAGCAAUGUACACAGAAGACGAUUUCUCAAAAUCUACUCAUUAAAAUUUUGUAAUAUUUGGCAGCAUUUUUACUUUUAUCGUAUUUUAAAUAAUGAGAACUUUAAAAUGGAAGUUGAACAGUCGAAUUUUGUGGCGCAUUUAUUAAUUACAGUACAAUUAUAUCACUGAUUAUCUAAAAAUCCGUCAUUUAAAAUUUCGUCAAACAAGUUUCAAAUAGUUAUGAUUAACCAUUACAGUAGGCUGUGUGCAAGUUUAUAGGAAAAUCUAAUGGGAGAAUUUUAUGUAGACUGAGCGAAACUGAAAUUUUAAGGCUGUUUUCAAUCGUUCAUGUUGCCAUGGAAACUAAGAAACCGUCACAUUUUACCUGUCAAUCAAAAUCUUUCAUCAGUAUAUUUUUCACUUGCCAAGUUUCAUUUUGUGAGCUGCAACCUUUCUAUAGUCAUGAUUUGGCAAAUAACGCACUCACAAACUGCCAAAACGGUGUUCAGCCACCUUAAAUCUUGGCACGUGAAAGAAGAGGGUAUUCAGGGUAGAGAUGACAGAAGUUCGGGAUGCGGAAUUGUCGUGCAAAAGGAGCCGUACUGCGGGAUCAGGGUCCCUUAUCCCGGCAGACCCUGAUAGAUUAGUAAGGAGACUUAGUAAGGAUACCAUCAUAUGCACACAAGGCGAAUACGUAGAACAUAGCAGUCUGAUUAACUCAGUAAAUCAAUGCAUCCCGACGAAGUAAUAUGUUCGGAGUGUUAUCUUCUCCUUUAUUUUUCAUAGGUUUUUUUAUUAUCCUGCGUGUUGGUGGUAAGGUUUAGUCGGAAUUUAUCGUCAUCACGGGGGCGGGUGCGAGGGGGAAGAGACGAGGUCUGGGACGGAGAAACCAUGUUUUCACAACUUGCAAAGCAGCUGUCACUCUGCGUGGUGGUCAGCGGAUAAUUGCAGUAUUUUUCCCACAGUAAAAUAUUCAGGCUAAUAUUUUUAUAUAGAAGCGAGAAACCAACCGGCAGAGGAAAUGAUAAAAAAAAUAUCAUGCAUCUCUGUUUUUCUUGCAUAUCGUAUUUGUCUCUUGGUACUAAAAUUACAGGGGAAACUAAAACGCAACCGUGUUAAAUCUUAACCAACAAAUACGCGCUCGAUCGAUUUAUAGAUCUUUAUAGGUUACAUCGUUUUUGCCGGGCGACGACAUCAGAAGAUAAAAGAAGUUAUGAUGCUGAUAAAAAUUACUGGAGAGAGAGUCAAAUUUUUCGGAAGUAAGUAUAUUCAAGAGAGCCUUAUAAAUAUGAGCUCACAGCCGUACAUAUCAUAAAUACCUGAACAAACAUAACUCUUCACAACGUUUCACUUCGUUUAUUACGAUUAGUCAACUCCUUGAAUUCAACGUUAAAAUUCAAUGCGAUCGUUAUAAACAAAUCACAACUACUACUGAAAGCUCUGUUCCUUGAAGAGACCUUAACUUUCCUAUAAGGUUUGCAGCAAAACGCUGCUCGAUAGCUCAACUCUUCGGCUGUUCUUAUCAGGUAUACGCAGCUAUAUGUUGCAAAUCAGAUUCCAAACUCUGCAGCGGGAAAUUGUUUAACAGAAAAAGAAAACCACACACUAAGUCUGAAAAGCGACAUAAAAUCAAAAAAUUUGCGAAUUACCAGAAUAUAAUAGUGAGAAACAGUCCGGCCUUGGCCCUUUAUGUUUUUGUUCCUUCUCAAAACCGUUGAUCGAUGAUUUUUGACGUAAUGCGCAUGAUCAGUACACAAGUCCGCUGGCAAGAUCCUUGCUGACUGCUUUGCAAGUUGUGAGAACAUCGUUUGGAUUUCAUUUAAGAGAAUGUGUGGGAAGUAGCUCCCCCUCCCCUGAUGGUCAUUCAUUGAUAUAAACGGAUAAAGCAAGGGUAUCAAAAGAAAAACAACGACGAAAAAUGCAGUUAAAGAUUUCAUUUUAUUUUGGAUUCCAGCAUGCCACGGUGUUUCUACUUACACUAAAAAUGUUGGUUGGCCUGUUCCUACUAAAAUUCUGCAUGUUGACUUCCAAGCCAAUUAUCAUUACAAUGUAUCGUGGAAGCCCUUCGAUGAGAAUACCAUUAAAGGUAAUGAACUGCGCAUAUAUACUUAGUAAUGGCCAUUGAUACUUGGGUGUAACUGGUGACAACCAGAUGUAAUCUAACCCCAGUUAGUAACUUAACCAGGGCUCUGUUGUUCGAUCAGCCGAUUAGCGCCAACCUGGGGUUAAAUUUGAUCCCGGUUUCUCUUUCUUUUGUUCGAAAGCAUUUUUCCCUUAAUUUUCUCUGUUCUUUUUAGAUACUCCUCUCACCAAAUUGUAGACAAAGAGAACUAAAUUAAACUGAAUUCAAAUUUCAACCUUGGGUUAACUUAACCCAGCUUUGGACAACCCGGCCCAGAAGUUAAGUUCCGUCUGUAGUGCAGGUUACCAAGAAUUAUGUCCUUUACUAUCGUCGUAAGUUUCAGAUUUUCAAUCUGGCUUUGCGCCAGUUCUUAGGCAAAAAUAAGAUUGAAGCCAGCAGAGGCGGACGGAGGUGUGGGGAACACAUAUGCAGUAACCGUGAGUGAGAAAGGCUAGCUACCAGCUAGCUAGGGAGGCUCUUUUUAUUAGUAAGGGAAAACAAUGGCUCCUCUAGGAACAAAUAGACGUGACGAAGUUCCUUUGAUAUACUAUACAGCUUAGUCACCCACACUAAUCACAAUCUACUUUAAUUUUAUGUAUUUUUCAAACCCUAUUUGUAACGAACUUUCAGUUACGAACUUUCAGUUUUAUCUUCAUUUUUCUUUUACGCCUUGAAGAAGGUCUGUGUUUCAAACCGAAAUAUUGGGCAAAGUUGUUUAAUUAUAUUUUUUUGUUUUUUUCUUUUGUUCACUUAUUCAUCGCCUCGCUGUGAUGACCAGUUUGCCGUUUUAUAUUUUAUAAAGGCAAUCGGCUUGCAAGGAACUGUGGUAAAAAUACGGUGCGAAAAUUCAGAAGCAUCGUGGGUAGAAACCAAAAAUUUUUGUCCUUGUACGGAUUAGGUCUGCUGCCUUGCUCGCUCGCUUCAGGCUCGCUUGCGCGGCAGCAAUAAUAUCAUUUACAAAUAUUUAACUGAUGGAAAUCUUAAUUCUUUAGAACACAAUUGGACACAUUAUUCACUAUUUUACACAUUCCUGAGAGACGAUGUUGAUCCGGGCCCCGGGUUGGAGUGUGUACUCAUACCAAAGGUUAGUAAGCAAAGGUUUUUCCCUGAUUCGAAACGUGCAUUCAGAUUACUAAUUAUUAUUGCACCUCUCCGUUGUUGUGAACCCGUUAUGAUUGUCAAUAAAAGAAAAAGUAGUGCGCUGAGGUGGAACAGGAGGUCAUUUUUACGAGAAAAUAACCUACUGUUCUAUGAUGUAAACUGAGAUAUUACUUUUCAAGCAAAUUAAAGCAAAUAAACCGUCUACGUGGAGGAGUCGUGUGGAGGAGUCAUGUGGGGCAUUUACUAAUCUUUGGGCAUCUUGUCGCUAUUUAGGCGUUGAAAUCUGGAUUUAAGUUUGUCAGGAUGAUUUUUAGCAAGAAUGUCCAGGGUGUCAUUAUUACUUAGUUUCAAGUCGUUAAACUCUUAUUGCAUCAUUCUAAUGUGUUAAGAAUCGUACAUUGUGGCGCGCUCAAAUAGGUUCAAUUUGUUUUCGUACGACUGUAAACUGUUUGUAACCAAUUUUACAGUUCUAGAUGGAAACGAUGUUACAACCCUUUCUACUUUCUUAGGUCAAUGAUGUUUUUCUUAUUUCCAUAAGAAAACUGACAAAGGAAGUUUUGUAUCAAAACAAGGUAAACGUCAGCCUCACAUUCACUCGAAGGCUAGGGUACUAAGGCCACAACUGUGAAAUAGGCUAACCACUAGUUAUAGAAAUUAAUAUGUUUGUUUGCUUUAUCGUUUUCAGAACAGAACGCACUGGUUGUUAGAAUAUAAGCCGCCACGGUAUUCAUCCACACAACCGACGAAUCUCCUCUCUACAGUAUGUUUGAAUUUUUUCGAAGCUUAGGUUGCUUGCUUAUGUCUAUGGUAUUUUUGUAGAUCGGCUACAGUAUACCCUUUAUGUCAGAUUCCGAGGGAAACAGUUUUGUUUUCUCGAGAGUCCUGAUGUUUUCCUCGACUUCGUCUUGGGAAACAACAGGACUCGAGGGAAAACAAAACUAACUGGUUUCCCGAGGGACCUGACAUUAAGUGUUUUGUUAUAUUUCUAGACUUUCACUUCAAGAAUACGCUUAAGGUGAGCGAAUCAAAACAGUCGACUCGGUACUUAUAAGAACACAAAUUUAAUUCUCAAAACCACUAAAUAAAUGAUUUACCAAGUACCUUUCCUUAUAUUAUCUGCGUCUUUUUCCUUCCGACUAACUGCUGUUUCUCUUCUGGGAUAACUUUGAAAAUCGUUGCUUUUAGCUUGAGGCUUCAUGUUUGUGUUGUUGUGUUCAUUCACGAAAAAGAAAACUGACAGUGUUUUUCCCGCCUUCUGUCACGCCACUUUCCACCUCGUGUUGUAAUAUAUCCCGAACAGGGUACAUUGCUUGAUGUAUCACGAUCGGGAUACAUUUGAUUUUAGUCAAGGCCAUGUGACCAAGAAUCAGCCAAUGGCUGUCCCUGUUUAGUUGAGUGAAAGUCUAGGAAUAUAACAAAUAUUAAUAUAGCACGUCUAGUAAUAAUAUUACGGUGUUUUCUGUAAUGGCCGACAGCACAACCCACAGAUGACGUCAGAGUUACUAAUUUGCAAUUUUUGUCUUACUAUUGUCAUUUUUAUCAUUUUGAUGACAGAAAUAUGAGAAACAUGACAUUUUAAUGGCAAAAAACAAAGAGAAGUGUGAAAUUCGUACCGUUUCAGUACUCUCACGACUGGGCUAUCAAGCCAAACGCAAUCCGUUAAUUUGCGAGUUCCUUAUAUAUAACAUACAGCAAACACGUGCUAUUCAGGGAGGCAUGUGCAUGUGACAUCCCCCGUUCCUUUUUUUUGGAAACAAGGAAAAUAAAACCUAAAUGCAGGGAACUGAGCUUGCGUGUGGCACUGGUAACAAUAACAGAUAACAUUUCUAAUGCACAAAAUACUUGAGUUCCAUAGCAUUGUUCUAGAAAGUCAGUGUUCAUAAUGGUUCAUUUCUCUGUCUUUCCGAAACUCUCCUUUUGGGUGCCUGAGGAGUUGCCACUGAAAGUCCCACAGUUGAUGUUGUCUCAGCGGGAAUUUCUCUGGGGAAGUACUUUGAGAGGCAUGGGUCACUGGGUGGGCCACCUGAUCCUCUGUUAGUGUUGCUGGCGAUGUGACUUGAUCUGGUUGGGUAGGCUCAGCCUCCAUAGACUGGCGGAGAAAAUUGCGAUUUCGUCGGAGGAUUUGGCCAUCUUCAGUCUUGACUUUGAAAGAGCGUGGUGCUUCAUGCUUCUCUACAACAAUGGCGGGGUGCCAUGUACGCCCUUGCUGAACGGUCACAGGGACACCAGUUUGGAGCGCGGGUAGGGCCUUGGUGCCCCGAUCAUGGUAUCUCUUUUGUCUUUGUUGUCUGGCUAGCAAAGACCUGUGUAAAUCCUCUGCAACUUUUGGAGAUAGGAGAAUUGUCGCAGUUGACAGCCUGUCUUUUAACACUCGGCACACUGUGCUGGGGAGUACUCAAGGCCUGAUAUUGGUGUAUUUCUGUAUGCUAAGAGGGCCAAUUGCAUAUCUCGUCCUUCUUCUGAUGCUUUCUCGUUAGUUGCCUUAUUGUUCCAGCUGAUCUCUCACCUUUCCCAUUGGAUGGGGCCUGGGGCCCGUUUCUCUAAAGUCCCGAUAACUAACGGGCCCGGUAAGCUGUCCCCGUUUACAUUAAAGAUCGAGGUUUCAAUAGUUUUGCAUCUAACAUGAUAAAACUGUCAGUUAAUGAAACUAAAUGGAGUAGUUUGCUAGCCAGGACCCGCGCUCUCAUUCUUUAUAUCUCGAUUUGAAUUUUUGAUUUCGGGCCCGUAAAGUUAACGGGACUUUCGAGAAACGGGCCCCUGGUGAGGACUUAAUGUCUCAACUUCGAAGCCCCACUCUUCGGCAAACUGAGCAAACUUAUUGCUCCCAAAUGGCAUGUUGUCUGCAAUGGCUGUGUCUGGUUUGCCAUGUGUUUCAAAGCAGGUUUUCAGGUGUGAGAUCACGUAGCUUGCAGUCUUUGUGGAUAACUGGUAGACGUCUGGAUAUCUGAAAAAGAAAUCCACAACUAGAAGAUAAUCUCUUUAAAACUUUAAUAAAUACUCCCAAAAAAAGGUUAUUCAGUACCUAUUUACAAAUAUAAAUGCAAGCUAUACCUAACAAGCUAAUAAUAGUUAAAUGCUAACUGUCAUUCGAUCAUUCAUUCAUUACAAGUUUCAGGGCUUUCUUAAAGGCCUUUACAGUUGUAGCGUUUCUAAGGUCUUCGUCUAACGCGUUCCACAGGGAUACUGCUCUAUAGGCGAAGGUACGUUGGCCAGUGGCUGACCUGAAUAAUGGGAUUUCGAACUUCACAUUAUUACGGGUUGUGCGAUUAUGUACAGAAGAUCGUUUUUUAAACUUAGCACAUAGGUAUUCAGGAGCUAAAUUGCUGGCGCACUUAUAAGUCAUAACAGCGUCUCUGAAUUUGAGCAUCUUGCCAACUGGAAGCCAGUUGAGUUCGUCAAGUAAUGGCGUCACGUAGUCAUAUUUCCGAGCGCCGCAGAUAAUUUUGCAGGCGAAAUUCUGAAUAAGUUGCAGCUUUUGGAUGUUCUUAGAUGAGGUAUUAGACCACACGGUCGAACAGUAGAGCAUUUUGCUAAAGACAAGAGAUGUAAUAAUUAAAACCAAAGUCUUUCUAUCAAAACAAUAUUUCACGCGGUUGAUCUGAACCAGUUUAGUCAAGCAAGAAGAGACUAAGUGGGAGAUAUGAGUGUCAUAGGUCAGGUGUAAAUCUAUGUAUAUAAUCUAUCUACUCCUAAUCUAUGUAUACUCUCUUCCCCUGAAUGUGAAAAUGUCAAUCCCUAGUUUUGACCAUGGACGCUCUAGGAUGACAUGCGAGACAAGUGGCUCGCAGGGAUUGGCAGGCUUGUAUUUGGCACAUAUGGAGCCCCUUGAUUUUGUUUCCUCGAUGUCUCGCCCCAUUCUAGGCCAGUACAUGAUGAAGCGCUCUCUUGCUUUACAUUUCUCUAUGUCCAAGUGGUUCUCAUCUAGAUUAGUCAACAUUUCAUGGCGCACGCUCGGCGGUAUGACUAGGGAUUCAUCUCUAAAUACCAGACCUUCUAUAAUGUGGAGCUCGUCACAUAGUGGCCAGUACUGUCGUGUACAGGUGGAGGUGUCUCCCUUGUAUGCUGGCCACCCUUAAUGAUGAGGGUUUUCACCAUCUGUAGGGCAUCAUCUGCAGCUGUUGCUUGUUUCAGAAAGUUCAUUUUGUCAUUGGAAAUUAAUUGGAAGGGAGGAAACCAGACUGUGUAUUCUCAGCUCCAUUUCCUCAAUGUGGUUGUCUUCAGCUGGAGGUGAGGAUGGCCGGUGUGCCCGGGAUAGCAUGUCAGCGAUCCACACCUUGGUGCCUAGGGCAUAGUGCAGGUUGAGUUUGUACCUCAGCAACCGAAGAAACGAGCUGAAUUCCUGGGGAAGCAUUCUGGAGUGGGCUGCGGAUUAUGGUUUCCAGUGGCUUAAGAUUAUUUUCUUCUUAAACUUCUCUUCCGUAGAUGUAAUGGUGAAAAUGUUCAGCAGCAAAUGUGACUGCUGGUAACACCUUUUCAAUUUGGAACCAACGCUGUUCAGUUUGAGUUAAUGCUCGUGAGGCAUAGACCACUGGGCCACUGUCCUGGAGGAGGCAGGCACCUAGCCCAGUGGAUGAGGCAUCAGCUUGUAUGGUCACCUUUUUGGUGGGGUCAUAGAAACGUAGGACUGGCUCGCUAAUGAGAAUUUCUUUGAUCUUAUUAAGGGCCUGUUCAUGUUCUGGUAACCGCUGGAAAUCCACACCUCUCUUAACUGGUUGCCUGAUAGGAAACAUGGUUUUGGAAAUGUCAGGGAUGAAAUCCUUAAAGGAGGCCACCGUGCCAUCAGUCUGCGAACGUCUUCUUUACUUGCUGGUUGUGGUAGCUCCACCUUUUCUUUGAAGAAAACAUGAACUGUCUUUGGUGGAGAUGUUUUCAGCUUACAGGCAAUCAACAAAAAAUUCAUCCUCAUUACUGCUUUGAUCAAUCAUUUCAUUUUCAUUGCAAUAUACCGUUCUGCUUUGGCUACUGAAGUGGUUUGGACCUCCACAUUUUAAACAGGACUUUCCCCAAGCUGGGCACUCAUUUCUCGCAUGCGUGGUACCGCAUCUCCUGCAACUUUGUCCUCUACUGCCGUUUCGUGCUCCUCGACCCAGAGAGCGAGAUUGCUUGCCACCUGUUGAAGCUCGGUUUGUGUUUAGGCGAUUCGUGUUGAGCGCGUCUACUUGUUGCUCUUCCAUCCUCGCAGCGCCUUUCAUACGUCCUUCUGUAGGUCUAGCUUCGGUUCGCGUAGCAGCCACUCUUUUAGCGCGGGAUUUUCAGUGGAGAAUACUAUUUUGUCUCCGAUCAUGUUAUCUGGUUCAGCAAAUUCGCAAGGCAGAGAAAGUGUUCGUAGCUGAGUUAGAAAUUCGUCAAAUGUUUGGCCCGAGGUCUUCAAGUAGUCCCAGAACUGAUACCUGGAUAAUACAAUUCGUUUAUGGCCCGCUAACUCGGCCUCAAACGUAAUCUUCACGUGGUCGUAUUUUUCAUUGUCUUCACCUUCUUGCUAUUCAAAGUGGCUGUAUCGCUCCAAGCUAAGGCGUCGGGUCCAACUGCCGACAACAACAUGGCGAUCUUAGUCGCAUCGGGUUUCUUGGUCAUCUCCUUCGCGGCGACAUACAAUUCAAAUCGCUGAAUCCACCUUCUCCAGUUUUCAAGGGUUCCCUUGAAGCCGCAGGUAUUUGGGAAGCUUGAAAUCGUGCUCCAUUUUGUUUUGUGAAUCCUACUAUUCGACACCAUGUAACACACAGCAAACACGUGCUAUUCAGGGAGCCAUGUUUUAUUCACCAGAGUCUUACCAAGGCAGGCCUGGUUACAUAUGUGACAUAUAUCUUUAGAAGGUAAAGAUAUAAAGAGUGAAUAUAUGAAAUAUAGAAAAUUUUCGCUCACGUGGGCAACAGCUAUGCAAAUUUCUUACAACAAAAGAAAGAUUUUGCAUUUAAGAAAAAGGUUUAACUCCCACAGGAUUAGUUUGGGACACCAACGUAGCCGCCGUUUUAUUAUUUUGGGAUAUGCCGGACGUGACGUAACAAACCCUCUAUAUUUGAACUGCGGGAGAAAGAUUUUUGUGACACGUGAAAGAAGUAGUAAGAGGAACAGGUGAGAGCACUGUAACGGUAUCGCAGCAGAGGUCAUGGAAUCUAAUCUCGCUCAAGCCUGAAUUAUUGUUCAAGUUUCCUUUCAUAAAUAAGUAAGAGGAUCUUUAACGUGUUGAGGAAUUGUAAAUACCUUGUUUUUUCUAAAUUGCAGCCCACAAAGUAUAUGUAUAACCCAAUUAAUUUUAUACUUGUCAGGAGACAUCACUGUUUACAAACAUUGUUUUUGUUAUUAAAAUUAAUAACAAGUGUAACAAAAGAAUCUCUUGUUACAAGAACCAAUAGAUGAAAAGAAAAGAUGACGUCAGCGUGAGUAUCGCUAUAGCACAAGUUGGUGAACAAUACGAUUUUUACAUCUUUGAUUCGCAGGUUGUCACUUAUCCAUUCAGUAGAGACUUGGCGGUAGGAAUAGAGUUACAAUCAUUUUCCGCAAUAGAUCCCGCAAGUAUGACAUUUUUGCUUAAUUGAGUUAGUUUAAGUAGUAAGGGUAUGUCUACACGCUACCGAAUAGCUCUUGCACAGGCGCGAAAACCAUAUCCAGUAGGGCUUCUGUUCACAUAUGAGAACGGUGAGUUUGGCGCGAUUUCUGUAACGGAGCGAAGCUGCCCCUCGCCGAUCUCUAAAGUAGAUCGUCCGUGCCACACUUCGUGGCAUUGUGAACAGGUGCCCAUACCAUGGCCAAGCCGAAGUAUUUUUCAUGUCCAAAUAUGCGGUUUAGUGUGGAUGACCCUAAAACAAGCUCCGGAAACACCUUAUAACACCUAAUAACAGCUGCUAACUGUAUUUAUUUCAUGAUUCACACCUUUUCUUUUGUUCUUCAACAACCUUUAUUUAACGUACAACCCUCUUGAAUAGUCAACAAACUGAAAGUUCGGGGAGGGCUUGAUAACGUAGGAGGGAAGAGCGGCGCUGAUGAAUUGAAUUAAAAACUAUUAUUUAGGAAUUUAUCUGAAUAAAUCUCCCGUUUGAGGGAUUUAUACAGAUAAAUCCCUCGGCUGAGGGAUUUUAUACAAAUAAACCCCCAAACGAAAAAAAUAAUGGAAAUCAAUUCCUAUAAACGUUCUUGUACUGCAAUUAAUUGCAAUUCAACUUUUCUGUUUCUGACGACAUAAAAUUGCUCCAGACCUCUAGUCCAAUUUAAACUUCGAAUUUGCUCAGCCAAUAAUUAAGUUCGUCCUUGUCAGUGAUAUUCAAAAUUUCAGGAUUGACUUGGGGAAUGGUCUUACUGUCUCCAAUGAUUUGGAUCAGAUCGUUGCGUUUCCCCUCCCAUUCAGACCAGGCACGGACUGCCCACGAUGUGUUUAUUCGUGUAUUUGCGGUAUUCGAGAUGUCUUCCUCUUUUCAAGUUCUUCAUUGUCAACGCUAGCAAUUAUUCUACGGUCUCCUUAAGUUUUCUGUGGAUCUGUCUGUCCUUCCCAUGCUAAAAUUAGGUAUUAUACUUCUUGCGAAAAACAAUUUUGUGCCAGAAAAAGCUCCUCGUCGCAGUCCAUGAACUCCAUGAUAACAUGAAAGCAUGGACCGACCUACUGAAUAAUCGAACACGCCCAUAAAAUGGUCAAAACAACUGAACAAAGAAACCGAAAAAUACAAACUCCCUUGAGGACGCCAGAAAAAUGUUUCUCAAAACCUUGUCAAAAUCUCACAAUUUUGUAACUUUCAUUGUUUUUUUUUUAAUUCGAUGAAGGUGUGAGCGUGUAUGUGGCUAGUGUUUUGUUCUCUUGAACAAAUGGUCUUAAUUAUUGAAUCAUGGUAAAAUAGGGACCGAAAAUUCGGUUCUAUUUUUAUAAUAUUAAGACAGACACAUGUGUUUUCCAUUUUUCAAAGAUCUGUCAGGAAUAAUAUCAUGAAAUAAGUUUGAUAAAUACCUCGAGCGUCGGUCCAUAUACAAUCCGUUCUCGGUAUUUAUCUCUUAGGGCCUGUUUACAUGGAGGUGGGGGACCUCAGGUAGGUGAGGUAACCUGCUUAUGUGGGGUAAAAAAAUAACCCUCCUUUAUAUGCAAUCUUACAACCCCACCAUCCCGGGGUGCACUUUCUCAAGAUUAUUGAAUGGUCGCUAAGCACGUAAACAAGAAAAAUGCUGGCAAACCACGUGUUUUGGCGAUUAAUGCACUUCUACACUCCCUUGUUGCUCUUGCCGCAACCUUCAGUACAAUGGCUUUCUAUUGUUAACUUUAAUAAUGAUGCAAAGCCACCGCCAAAGUGAAAUUUGCGCGAAUUUGAUGUAUCACGAAUCCGACCCCGGCCAGGCGGGUUACCCCACCUUGAAACGUUUACAUGGCAAAAUUUGACCCCGGCGGAGAGGGUAACCCUGUCUGGUAGAUCGGGCUACCCGCCUUGGCGGGUCACCCCAUGUAUCAUGUAAACGUGAUCAAAUUAAAAUGAGAGAUUAUAUGGACAGGCGGGUUACCCCACCUAAGCGAGUUACCUCACCAAUCUGGGGUCCCUCACCUCCAUGUAAACAGGCCCUUACUUAACAAUUUUCUGUGCAGAGGGUUUCUGCAUUAGCGGGUGCUGACUAUACUAACAACAUGCGGUCCCGACGGUACCUGCGUUGACUGUAUUAACAGCUUGCUGUCUCGUGAGUUUCCCGGGUAAUAAAGGCUAUUGAACUAACCAAAGCACCAAAUAAUAGGUUAAACUCUAACCUCUAAUCAAUCCUAAUCUAGAUCGUUGUAAGUUUUCGUCAGUACCGUAUAACAAGAGAUUCAUGCGUAUAAUUAAGACGCUCGAUUGCAAAUUUAACAUUGCCUUCUUUUUCUACAGGUUUACCAACUUUCUCUCCCUACUUUUCCAUAACUAAAGGUAAGGCAUUUUAUAUUUAUUAAUGAUAUGUCCCGAAAUACUUUAAGGGGCUGUUUACAUGACACCGGGGCGACUUUCGCCCCGGAGCGAUUUCACUCCGGUUCCCUCUCAUGGCUCUAUAUUUGUUUAUAUGAUACCACCACAAAAUGUCAUGUCGGUGCGAGUCACCCCGGCGUGCUUUCACCCCGGUUCUUGUACCGGGGCGAAACGACCACCCGUUUCGGUAUGAAAUCGGUCUGCCGGUAGACUGGAACGGGUAGCGCAUGCGUAAUGUUUGCUAUUUUGAAUCACACGUGUAUUUUAUCAUCAUGAAGUGUACCUUCAAAUGACGAGGUAUGAAAUGACCCAGUCAUCAUGCAAACGCAAUAAGAAAUCAAAAAGUCAUCCUGGAAUGAGACUCGCACCGGUGCGAGUUUUCUCAUGUAAACACCCCCUUAAAUCAUCGUCACCGUCGUCGCCGUAGUUGUCGUCGUUAUGACUUUGAGUUGAGAUUUACAAGAGGGACAGCAAUACGAACGUCAAAAAAGCGAUAGGUUUUAUUAAGCAUGUCAACUGAAAUGUUUUUGCUUGUGGGUCUCAUCGUCUGGCUCAAUAUUUUUUGCUUUUACUGCACGUCUACAGGGUGAAAUUUCCCGUUGCAGUGUUUUAUGGAAGAUUUAAACACAAGCGGUCUAAUUCUUUGUUUUCCUUUUCUGAAAUUGUAUAAUGAAGUGAAGUGGAGACUUAAUUUAAAGAGGGUAAUACCUGACAGUUAUAAUUGGAUCUGAUAAACUUGUGGCUCUCUUUUAGCUUAAAAUCGAUAAAAUAGUAAAAUAAUUUUACAAUUGUGUAAUCCAGAAAAUAUCCACCCCCCCUACCCCCGCCACGAGGGCACUUUUGCUUUAGACCCCCCACCCGCCUGGAAUUUCUAUUCCAGGGGGUGCUUGUCAUAUUCCUCCCACACCCCCUGGAAUAUCCGUAAUUUUUCAAUUUGGUUGGGUACCCUCUGGAAAGAAUAUUUCUGUCAAAAAUGCUGUUGCACUUUAUUUUUAUGUGUAAGAUACUUUUUUUUCUAGGAUAAAAUGAGAAAAAAUAUUUUAUUCCUGUUAAUACAGUGUCUAGUAUUCUUAAGGACUUUCUUAGGUAAUAAUUAACCAUCGCGGCGAUACCUUACACUACUGAAAACACGAAUAAUGCCAUCUGCAAAAGAACCUAAACACCACGUAAGCUUUCAUUACUUCCUUUCAGUUAGAACAUGUCACAAGAAGGCUUCGAACAUGACCUAAUUUCGGUGAACCAAGUGUAUAAUAAAACAACAACUUGAUAACCGGAGUUUUAUUCAUGAGCCGAUGACAAUUGUAUUAAAAAAACUAUCGUGUAAGCCGUGAAAAAAAGCAUUCAGCCGAUCGUAAUGAAAGUCGAUCAAUGCAAACAUAAAUACUUGUUUUAGAACACUGGUUAAGAGUAAAAUAACUGAAAGAUGAAAACAAGACAUGUUUCGAUCGUUCAACGAUCAUCUUCAGUUGUGAAUUCGUUUGCAAGUUCGGUUGAAUUAAUACAAGCAAUGAUGUAUAAGUUAAAACGUGAUACAAUUUAAAAUUUCGAAAAAUUAACGUACAAUUUUAAGAUGCGCGACACACGGAAUAACACUUGCGCGAGCACUACACUUAAUACAACCGAGAAAAUUGUAAAAAUUGAAAUAAUUACAAUGGUUAUGAUGAUGAUGAUGAUGAUGAUGAUGAUGAUGAUAAUAAUAAUAGUAAUUGUUGUUGUAUAAAAAUAUAUAUAAAAAAUCCUAAAAUAAGUCUCACACAGUUAGUUAGUCGAUCUAAUUCCCAUACUGUUACCAAGUGAUUAAGUAUUAUUGAAUGAGCUCGAGGCUGAGUGUGAUGUGAAGAAAAAAACACACGAUAAUACUCGACUGCGCGUUUUUUGAACGGCUUCAAAAUCUCUGAUAUAGAUCAACUCAUUCUUGCACGAAUAAUUAAAUCUGGGGUUAUCUUGGUCUAAAACAUUGGACGUAAAACUUAGCUGUGUCUUUAUGAGAUAUAAAGACACUCAUAAAGGUUUUUUUUCUCUAUGAAUUGUUAACGAGUUUUUGAACAGGUGGAUAACAGCUACCGUGAUCAGCAUAAUCUUCACAUUAUACGAAAGCCGACUUCAAUAAUUGUUUUAUUGUUCAUUCAAAAUAUUUUAAGUUUAUUUCCUUAGACUUUCUUCAAAACAUUAGCCUAUUUUUCGGCACGGUGUCAGGAUAUAAAUAGAUGUUUUCGUCUUGCAUUUACUGCUCAAAAAGUAGAUAACAUCCAUCGAGCAAUAUAUGUUUUACGUAUUCUUGUAUUUCUUCCGUUCAGUUUUAGUGUGAAACUCAGCUACUUUGUCUUUGGAUAGCCGUGAAUACCAUUGUUGUUAGUUCACUAUUUCGGAGCCAGCCUCGUUUCCAAGCAAAAUAAUGUACCAUCGAUCAACCUCGUUUUCAAGCAAAUGUACCAUCGAAUUGAUGGUAUAUUGCUUGCAUCUUUCAAAUAUGGUAAGCGCCAGUUGGUCAUGAGGAAUUAGCCGGGGGACUUAAUUCAAUCAGAAACGGCGAAAUGUUUUAAGUGAGGGGUUAUUUAACUCUUGUCGGAUUAUUUUCUGUUAUUUACAGCUCCAAAAUUUGAUUUGGCGAUUCCUAUUGCUAGUGGAUCAUCAGCACUACUCGUUAUUCUGUUGAUUGCAAUUUAUGUUUGGCGAAGAAGAGUAAGUCGUCCUCAUGAAGGUAAUUAUAAACAACGUUUGUUGACACUCUGCAGGUAACUGGUCACUCGAGGGAACUGUUUACCGGUUCAGAGCAUCCUCCUCAUAGACUAGUAACUAAGCGUUUCUUUUCCUUCCAUCUAAAACAACAAAUUAGUAUAGGUAAUAGCAUGAUUUGUAGUGAUAUUUGGCAUAAAUACCACGAGUGAUAUUUCAGAAUUAUUAUUAUUGAAAUUUGAGACAAUUUUGAAACGUCACGAGUGGUAUUUAUACCAAAUAUCACGUACAAAUCAUGCUUGUCUAUUAUUUGUUUAUACUACUACCCGCAAAAUGUUUGUAAUUUUCACAUGUAGGUAUUUCAAACUAAGCUGAAAUACCACUGACUGCUCUAAGCCAAUCAAAUUGCAGAAAUUUCUCAUGUAGUAGUAUAAGAUCCUGAAUAGCAUCGGCAGGUACUUUCGUGCCGUGUAGAUACAGCAACGACUGAGUACAAUGUAUCUCCGGUACGAAAUAGGCCACUUCAAUAAAAAAAAGCCAUUCUAGUCUUAUGGGCUUCUUAUUUGAGCUAGACUGGCUUGCUUUGCCAAGGUAACUCAGUUUAUCUUGGCUUUGCAUGAUGAAACCCAGUCGGGGGCUGUCGUGUUUACAGGGAGUCUGCAAAUAGUCAAUGAGCAGUGUGUUACCCGCUUUCCUGUUGCUUUUUUAGUUCGCCGGACUGGUCCGGCGAGCGUUAGUACAGGGCAAAUCUGCAUCUUGCUUAGCCGUGAUACUGGCACCAGAGUACUAGGAUCUUAGUUAACCUGGUUUGCUCGGCUGCUUGUGAUCAUAAUAGUUGUUGUUGCUUUCCAUUAAUGCUCCGAGGUCUCGACAAAUAAAGCUAGUCAUGGCUGGGCCAGCCCAGCUCAUACUGGUCUCCGCGGCAGCCGUUUUUGUUUCCUCACACAACAUUCCUCCACCUUUCCUCCUCAUCACCAUCCUCGUGCUUCUUGGGGUGGAGCGUCGCGUUACGAGACAAAAACGACUGCUUAGUAGACUAGGCUUAAACAAUGGACUCCCUUAAUUUCGCCGGAGCGUAGUUAUUUCAGUUUCCAUUGUUGGGCUGACAACAAUUUUUGUAAAUGCAGUUGGGACUAAGUUGUUUCUGUGAUUAACAAUUUAUGUAUGGUAGUUGAAAAUGGUACAUAUUUUGCUCUUUAUGGUAGAAAUAAUGUAAAAUGGUUGGUUUUGAAAAAACCAAAACCCAGGCGUAUUUUAUCCUAUUAAAUUACUAACGAGUUUUUCUUUUAUUUUGUUUUUAUACAUAUUUUUAUUAGUUCCCGUUAGGCACCGAGCAAUUACCAGGGCUAACAACAGUACAGGUAGCGUUUGUAUUAGUUAAAAAGUAAUAAACAUUUUUUGCCAUUUUUCCCUGCCUGCGUAGCGCGUUGUUACGAAUUUCUGUUUGCCAGUUACAGAGCACGAUUUGCUUUUCGGAGCACUCUUUGUUGUAUAUUUAGAUCUCGUUAUAACCAAGUGAAGAACAUGCUGCCGGUCUUCUCGCCUCAAACCCUAAUAAGGUCGCGACAAAGUGGCUGCUGACAUUUUCAUCAACAAGAGUUACGGUUGCUGUAUCAUUGUUGAAUUUUUGGGUUCUUCAUUCAUUUCAGUAAAUCACUGUAGGGAUAAAUAAUUUAUCCACCCUGUUCGAAGAGAGUUUGAAAUUGCUUUCCUGUGCCAGUUGCUUAGUUAUUUCCUUUUUUCCCUUUUUUAAAUGGUUCUUAUUACUGCUGGGGUGCCUCAAGGGUCUAAACUAGACCCCUUGCUAGACACCCCAGGACGUAGACGAUACCACGUAGAAUUAUUGGAGAGGGGCCAAAAUUGCGUGUCGUGAGGAUCAUGGCGCACAAAAUCAGUCUUUUCCUUCUUUCAUUUAAAAUGUUUUCUGGUUUUUUUUUUAACUUUGAUUAUUAUCAACUUUUUACAGCAAACGCUGCUACCGACAACUUACCUUCAAAUCAAGAGAAUGGCAACGGUAAUUAUAAAAGAUGACAUUACCUAUUGGCUAUAACUUUUAGUUUAAUGUAUUAACUCUUUCACUUGACAAAUAACCUUCCUUUCAAUUAUAAAUUUAUAUUUGUGAAAUCCUAGGAAAUAAGUAAUACCAUACACAAGAUGUGUCAAAGAAGUUUUAUUUGAAUGUAACACCAUAGGAUAUCCUCAGUCUACAGAUUUAAAAGUUAGUGCAACAAAUAAUCUCGCUGUUUCCCGGUCUCGGAGAGAUUAAAAAUGUCGUUUGCUAUUUGGUGAAGAAGUUUCCGCCUUGUUAAGAGUCGAAGAAAAUGACUGAAAGACGACAGGACUAACUCCAGUGUCGUUGUGGCGUUGAGGGAGGUGCCCGACAUGGUGAUUCUCAAAUUUGUUCUUUUAUACCGACAUUAAUUAAGGGAGUAGGAGUAGGAGGGGUGGGGGGUGGGGGAGGGGGCGGCUUAUUUGAAGGCGGGCGCUUUUUUAACAGUUUUAUUUGAACUGGACGCUAAUACAGUAUACUUUCAGUCGAAAUCUGUUCAUUGCAUCUUCCUCAACUGCCAGUUCUCAAUCUUAAUUCUGGGCUGAUAGAAAUUCGGUAAAUGCGAUCAUAUUAUUUUAACUUUUUUUUAAUCUAUAAAUUCUUUGACAUCUUGUAACCUCAAAUUAUUAACCAAUUAUUCGAAGCCUAGUAUGUUAAGAAGUUUACUUUUAAAACUUCUUUGUAAUCUCGACCGUCUUCCCCUUUUCAUUUAUUCACUAUUUUAUUUUGUCUUUAUAUUUAUUUAUUUAUUAUUUUAUUUAAAUUAAUUUUGUAAAGUGUUGUAAAUACUGAAGUGUAGGUUGUCUAUAUUUAAUUCUAAGGACAUAUCUUGGAUUCUUGGCGAAUUCCUUGAAUCCAUUUUGCUUCACUUUCUCUUUCGUAGAAAGCUACUACAGCUGUUACUACCCAGAAAGCGAAGCCUUCCGCCAACAAGUCGCCGCUAUUGUGAACAAAUUCCGAGCCAAUGGUUAUAAUGUCAUCAUGGAUGCAAUGGUAUCCCACGAAAUUAGCUCGCUAGGUCCUACAAAAUGGGCUGAAGUACAGAUCAGAAAAGCGAAAAAAGUGUUGGUUUUUCUUUCUCCCGGGCUUUUGAAAUUAUCACUUGGAUACGAAGACAUGCCGCGGUCUGAGGUAGAGUGUAAUUGAAUAUAUCAGCACUUCAGAACUUGUUUUAUGUCUGGUCUUGACUUCUAAUUAGAUGCUGAUCUGUUUCAGGGAUUUACAUUGUAAUGAAAAAGGCUGAUGCAUGCCGGUGCUUCAUGAUUCAAACGAAAUAUUAUUUAUAACAUCCAACAAAAGUUAAGCGCUCGCUCUGGUUGUGCGCUCAACAAAGCUGUGCGUUCCACUUUCUUAGUGACUAUAUUUUGUUUUUAAUUUGCCUCACAAUUUGCAAAGGUUUUUGUGUUAGUACUGAGAGAAGGUUUACAAAAACCGUUACAAAUAACGUAAAAAGGCCUUACAGUCCACAUUGAGAUGGAGAACUUCUUACUCAGCGAAAAGACUUUUAAAAGAAAAGAUUUUGCAAAAACAGAUUUACGCACGCCAUAGCGCCAGCUGCAGCGCGCACAAAUGACUUACUUUUAUUCCCCAGCUAACUGUGAGAAAAAUUAAAGUUGUUCUUUUUUGACGUUAUAAAAGAAAUGGUAAACGUUGCAGCUGUCCUCAAGGGAGGUUUGCUAAGCACUCAAGAAGCUAGUAAAAUUGUCGGCUACGCCUCGAGUAACUCUUACGCUUCCAUUUGUGCUUGGCAAUCUCCCGCGUGCAUCCAUAAUCCGAUAGUUGCAUCCUGCUCGUUUACCAUUUCUUAAAUCUGUAACAUUACAACGCACUUUUUUUUUGUCAAUGAUAGGAUGCCAAUCGUGUGUGGUGUGAGUUGGAAGUUCUGCGAAGUAUCUACAACAGAAGUCGCUCUGCCGCAAAGACGGUUUGCUUAGAGCUGCCAGACAUGCCAGUAUCGUCAAUGGAACAUCCUGUGUUUUUUAAAGUUAUCUACAAAUGGCCAAACGAUUUUGAGAAAAUCCUUCGUGGUCUAAACGACAGACCUUCUAUAUUGCCGAAAUAAGAAGUCCUGUUUAGGCGCUCUACUGCAGAGUGUUGUUCACAGUUGUGGGUAGCUUACCCAUGCCCGUAUAGUAGCCUAAGAAAAUAACCCACAUGAUUUCGCAAAGCCACUUCUGGUUUCCCCGCGAGAUCAGGUUAGUGACUCGUCAUCAGUAUGGGGAAUUUCUCCGCUCGUUCCUCAGACGUCGCUGGGAAAUCAGUAGUGGGCAGUGCUGGAUCCAGACCUUGAGAUAAGGAAGGGGA